GGCAAUGAACUUCGAAAUAUAAUAAUACUGCGAAAGGAAUGAAAAAGAACGAAUUGCAACUGAGCCGUUCAUUCUACGAGGGGCUGUGAAGAUGUUCUCUUCUUCCAAUGGUAGCAAAAAACCAGUACAACAGGUAUGCAAUGCCAUUAUCCAAGUUGUCUGUAUUAUCCAGCUGACUCGAGCCACUGUUGUAGGAGAUGGUUCAGGUUGGUCAGUUUACCCCCCCCCGUACCUGCUGUCUUGAAGAAUACGCAUGUUUCUGCAUGUUAAGCUAUGCGCAAUGUAUUCUCUUUAUCUAACCGAAAACUGACCUUACAUUGCAGAGCGUGCUGAGUACGUUUCCAAUCGAGAUAUCUUUGCGCCCGCUUUGCCGAAGCUUUGAGUUGCGCUUUUGAGAUAUGAAUCCCAGGGACUGACAUGAACAGAUCAUCAUCUCCUUUUUGGCGUGCCCGAACAGCAAGUGGUCGCCGUGAUGCAUCGCCCAAAAAGCAAAGUAGCGAUUCGGGAUCCGGACUUGUUGUGGGAGCUGGUUACUCUCAUGCCGACAUACUGAAGUUCGAUAACUUAUCAUUAUCUAACACUGCACGCCCCAGAACGCCUCCAUCCAAUCCCUCGCACAAGUAUCGAAGCGACACUCCACCUCAACGAGGUCCGGCAGCAUUGUCCCCGCCACCUCGCAGAUCAUACACAGAUUUCAUGUCGCACACCAAUAAUGAUUGGGCUGCAGAUGAUGAAGAAGAGGAAGAAGACGAAUAUGGAUAUGAGGAUGAUGAUGGAGAUGAUUUUGGCCUUCCAAGCAUCUCCAGCAAGAAGCGCAAGAACCAGAGCCGGUUGAAGAGUGCGUCGGCCAAUACCACCGUUGAUGAAGGCAAGACCCCUCCGUGGCGCUCUAGCUUUGGGGCGAGUGCAGUGGGCUUAGGGUCGCGAAGAAUGUCAAACAGUGCAGAUAUUGCGAUCGAAAGACCAGCGCCAAGCUAUCCAGUUGCAAAAAAGAGUGAAGGGAAGAUACUCCGGCCUCAAUAUAAAGAAAUACUCCGGGAUCCGGCAAAUUCUCUACAUUUAAUAGAUCACCCUCCAGUACCACCUAAUGCUACAUCAAAAGAAGUAGAAGCAUACGGAGCCCGGAUAACGCGAAUAAAUAAAUUCAAAAAGAUAUUACAAGCUACCUCGAUACCUUUGACCGAACUCAGAGAUGCCUCUUGGAAUGGAAUACCAGAAGAAGUUCGUGCCAUGUCAUGGCAGCUCCUACUUGGCUAUCUCCCAACUAGCAGUGAAAGGCGCGUAGGAACACUGGAACGUAAACGAAAGGAAUAUCUUGAUGGGGUACGACAAGCUUUCGAAAAAGGCGGCACUACUUCUGCUCCCACUGGCAAAGCCAGGGGACUUGAUGAAGCAAUUUGGCAUCAGAUCAGCAUCGAUGUUCCACGAACCAAUCCUCACUUAGAGCUUUACAGUUAUGAAGCUACACAACGAUCUUUAGAAAGGAUAUUAUAUGUUUGGGCGAUCCGCCAUCCUGCCAGUGGUUAUGUGCAAGGCAUUAAUGACCUUGUCACGCCAUUCUGGCAGGUUUUCCUCGCUACCUAUAUCGCAGAUUCGGAUGUAGAAAGCGGUAUGGAUCCAGGGCAGCUCCCAAAACCAGUUUUAGACGCAGUUGAAGCAGAUUCCUUUUGGUGUUUAACAAAACUUUUGGAUGGCAUUCAGGAUAACUAUAUUUUUGCGCAGCCAGGGAUUCAACGUCAAGUGGCGUCACUUCGGGAUUUAACUGCAAGGAUCGAUGAACCAUUGGCCAAGCAUCUCCAAGCAGAAGGUGUUGAAUUUAUACAAUUUAGUUUCCGGUGGAUGAACUGCCUUUUGAUGCGGGAGAUUAGUGUUCAAAAUACUAUUAGAAUGUGGGACACUUACUUGGCGGAAGAGCAAGGAUUUUCAGAGUUUCACUUAUACGUGUGCCUCGCAUUUCUUGUAAAAUGGUCCUCUAAAUUACUAAAGAUGGACUUCCAAGAAAUUAUGAUGUUUCUUCAAGCGCUACCAACUCGCAACUGGACAGAGACUGAUAUCAACAUGCUUCUGGGAGAAGCAUUCGUAUGGCAAUCUCUCUUCAAGGGCUCUUCAUCACAUUUACGUGGCAGCAGUAGUACUACACCAUCGAGUGCCCCUUAUUGAAUAAGUUUUGGGUAGAGGCAUUAUACCAAAUAUCCAUACUGUUCAAUAUUGUGAACGAAUGAUUGGGAUUCAGGUUAUAGGUUAUGGCGUUAUCGGUGAGUGGGAUAUGAGAGACUCAUAACUCAAGUAUAUAUAACGACGGAGCCACAAAGAUACGUGGAUUGGCAGAGGAAUAAUCAUGCGCGCUGAGCUUUUGAUAUCACGGGAUCUAGGAUUAGGACUCGAAUUGGACCAAGUCGUUCAUCUUUUGCAGGGAGACCUUGAACGUCAAUGCCCCUCGUCUAAGCUGCUGAGGUUGCAUUUGUAUGCAAUCCUCAAAUUAAACAGGUUAAUAAAAGGCGGAGGCUUGAAGUGAAUAUGUAUUGAUUCAUUUCCA